CACAAACAACGACAAAGAUCACGAUGAGUGACACCGCUACCAAACGGGUCAGCGCUGAUGCUGAAGAUUCUUCGCGCAAGAAGAUGAAGAAGACUGAUCCGGACUAUAACCCGUACCUCGCUCACACAUACGAAAACGGCGACGAUGGCGACGUUAGCUCUGCCUUCGACGGCAUGAAGCCUCGGGAGACAACGGCCAAGCAAGCCUCCAAGAUUGAGGAUUCCGAAACCAACCCCUUCACUGGAAAGCCUCAUUCGCAGCAGUACUUCCAGAUCUUGGAAAAGAGACGCGACCUCCCCGUCCACAAGCAGAGACAGGAGUUUCUUGACAAGUACCACUCGACCCAGAUCCUCGUCUUUGUCGGUGAGACAGGUUCCGGUAAAACUACACAGAUCCCUCAAUACGUCGUCUACGAUGAGAUGCCGCAUCUCAAUGGCAAACUGGUCGCCUGUACCCAGCCCCGUCGUGUUGCUGCCAUGUCCGUUGCCCAGCGAGUAGCUGACGAAAUGGAUGUGCAGCUUGGUGAGGAGGUCGGUUACAACAUUCGUUUCGAUGAUAACACUGGCCCCAAAACCAUGCUCAAGUACAUGACCGAUGGUAUGCUUUUGCGCGAAGCCAUGCACGACCACGACAUGUCCCGCUACGGCUGCAUCAUUAUCGACGAAGCCCACGAGAGAACCUUGUCCACCGAUAUCCUAAUGGCUCUGCUCAAGCAGAUCAGCAUGCGACGUGCCGAUAUCAAGAUCAUCAUCAUGUCCGCCACACUUGAUGCACAAAAGUUCCAGCGCUACUUCAACGAUGCGCCGCUUCUUGCCGUCCCAGGUCGUACCCACCCUGUCGAAAUCUUUUACACGCCUGAGCCCGAGAAGGAUUACGUCGAGGCCGCCAUCCGAACAGUCCUACAGAUUCAUGCUUCAGAGCCUGAAGGUGAUAUUUUGUUGUUCUUGACCGGUGAAGAUGAGAUUGAGGACUCGUGUCGCAAAAUCAGCCUAGAAGCCGAAGAGCUCAUUCGCGAAGUUGACGCUGGCCCUCUCGCCGUCUAUCCCCUCUACGGUACAUUGCCCCCUCAUCAGCAACAGCGUAUUUUCGACAAGGCACCUGCUCCUCUGCGUAAGGGUGGUCGCCCUGGUCGCAAGUGUAUCAUUUCUACCAACAUUGCUGAAACAUCGCUUACCAUUGAUGGUAUUGUCUACGUUGUGGAUCCCGGCUUCAGCAAACAAAAGAUUUACAACCCAAGAAUCCGUGUUGAAUCUCUCCUGGUGUCACCCAUCUCGAAGGCGUCUGCCCAGCAAAGAGCUGGUCGUGCCGGUCGUACCAAGCCCGGAAAAUGCUUCCGUUUAUACACGGAGCAAGCGUUUAAGAAAGAACUGAUCGAGCAGACAUAUCCUGAAAUCCUCCGCUCCAACCUUGCAAACACUGUUUUGGAGCUCAAGAAGCUUGGCGUCACGGAUUUGGUCCACUUCGAUCUUAUGGAUCCUCCUGCGCCAGAGACCAUGAUGAGAGCUCUGGAAGAGCUCAACUAUCUUGCCUGUCUCGAUGAUGACUGCGAGCUUACCACACUUGGUUCUCUUGCUUCGGAAUUCCCUCUGGAUCCCGCGCUUGCCGUUAUGCUCAUUUCAUCGCCCGAAUUCUACUGCUCCAACGAAAUCCUCUCCAUCACCUCCCUCCUCUCAGUCCCUCAAAUCUUCAUGCGUCCUGCGAACAACCGCAAGCGUGCUGAUGAAAUGAAGGCGCAUUUCAGCCACCCCGAUGGUGACCAUUUGACGUUGCUCAACGCCUACCACGCUUUCAAGGGUCAGGCGGCGUCUGAUCCCGAUGGAGGAAAGAAAUGGUGCCACGAGCAUUUCCUGUCUUUCCGCCACCUGACGAGUGCCGAUAGCGUUCGCCUGCAGCUGAAGCGUAUUAUGGAGACCCAGAAUUUGGACCUCAUCUCAACUCCCUUCGAAGACAAGAACUACUACGUUAACAUUCGUCGCGCUCUGCUGACAGGUUUCUUCAUGCAAGUGGCCAUGAAGGAGAGCUCUGGCAAAGUUUACCGAACGGUGAAGGACGACCAAGCGGUUCUUAUCCACCCAUCCACGGUCUUGCGCACCGAGUUUGAAUGGGUUUUGUACAGCGAAUUCGUCUUGACAUCUAAGCAAUACAUCCGCACCUGCACAGGUGUUAAGCCUGAGUGGCUACUUGACAUCGCCCCUACGUACUACGACCUCGAUACGUUUGAAAACGGAGACAUCAAGCGCUCGUUGAUGAGAACUGCAGAGAGACGCAAGCGCAAGGAAGCAAUGAAGGCUGGGCGAUAGAUUUUGGAAGCGAACAGCACUAGUUGAGCUUAACUAUAAAAGCAUGGCCGCUACCAUAUGGCCGGGCGUUGGGGUUUUCUAUGUUUGAUUAUAGAAUUACAAAAGCAUUGUUACAUUUCACCAAUGACCUACCUAUCUUGUUUCGCGACUUGAACCUGUAGCAUAUAUGUACCUAGAAUUCAUGUUAGUCUCCUGAAGUAAACAAAUACAAGUUAAUAGUACUUAUCCCCGCCAAUGUUGGGGGGCUGCCUUCGGCAUAGCAUUUCUGCUGCGAAGACAGCCUGAGCUACCCAUCCCUUGGGCCUGCCCAUAACAAACAAGUAGUAGAGAAACCGGUUAGCCAAGAUCGUGGGUUGCAUAGAUCCCAAACGUCGUCCCAGACAAGUACAAAACUUUGACACCAACACGGGAUGGGUCCCGAAGACACGCAGAUGAAGUAUGCAACACCACUUCGGACCACAUAGUUUCAUAGACAAGCAGCUAUCAUCACAGGCUGAAACUUCCGGUCAUUGCAUCAAAGGUUUACCUUGCUCAACUCCAAUGGCUCUUUCUGUUUGUGUAGCACUGCCGACAAGGACUGUUUUUGUUUUCCACUCCCAUAGAUCAGAAUAGCUAUGUUGAAGGAGGGCAUUAACGCACGUAGCAAAAGACAUCCGCAAAAACUCGCGCUCUCAUCUUGAUUGACCAAGAGCAGUCGGUCAACCCAGGUAAGUCUGUGACCCAAAAACGGGAACAGAAAGGAAUAGGCGCCACCAGAGGCACAACCAAGACUGUACCUAGGCGUUAAUGGGUCUGAUCUGAGUAGAUAUGGAGCAUCACAUGCCGGCAAAUGAUGCACUUGCAUGGCUUGAAAGUUGGCCAUAGUUGCCCCGCCAGUGUAUAUGAGACCAUUAUGAAGCCGGGAGGACCGAGAGCAUGUUCAACAAAACAAUGUGUGAACAGACAGUGCGCUUCUGUUGGUUUCCUUAGACCUCCUCGCAGCAAAGCCGAACGAAAUCGGCAUGCGUCCGGCAAGGCAGGUCCGGAAUGCGGUAUGAAGCGAACCGUCUGGUUGUUUGUGGUUUUUGAUGAGCUCUACUCCCGUGCUUCGGCCUCUCACAUCCGGAAGGGUUGAACAUAUUGGCUUCCUCUGUCAAGCAACUAACCGACGACCAAUGUCAGGGUCCAGCGACAAAAGCUGACGAUUACGCAUUUCCGCGCUCUCAUGGCUCUCAUCUUCGCACACAGAAACGUGACUGGAAGACCAAAAAGCCAUUCUGUCCCUGCCGACGUCCAGUCGACAACUAGUGCACUUUUCAGCGCCUCCAGCGGUCGAAAAACGUCUGCUAGGCCGUAAAAGGCGAUGUUGGCCAACAUACGACCGCAAAGCUAAAACCAGAUAUAUUCGUAGGGUUAAGUUCCGACUCGAUUCCCUCUUGGCGCCCUUGGGCCGUCUAGUAACCGACGGCUUCUGACCACGACGGCUCCAUUUGCCACUAGCUGCGAGGUCCUGAUACAGGCUCGAGAGUGGCAUACGUGGUCAACCCAAGCUUGUAGAGGGGUCUACGAUAGACAUUCCUUUCGGAAAAUCGAAAUCGGGAAACUGUAGGGAAGGCGUCGUGCACAAGAUCAGUAGCGAAAGAGCCAGCAGCUGUGUAAGUUGGCAUAUCUGCAACGGAGUGAGCAAAGGCAAAUAGGUUUUCGAGCAUGUUGGUGUUUCCGGAUACGUUUCACUCCAGCUCAAGCUGCAAGCUAUGAAAUCUAUUAAAUAAAAAUGCUGUC